AUGGCGGGCAUGCCCGUGCUGGGCAAUAGCGUAGGAGCGGGGGAGCUGCGGGAAAAUGGAAGCAACAGGUCUUCGAGCAGUGAAUCGCGCGGCGACUCUUCACCUCUCAGAACUCAAGAUGUGGAGACAAAUUGUCAUCGUUCAGAGAUCAGCAGCUCGCUGCCGCUUCGCCGACCUUUUGAGAGGGAUUUUCAUACCGCCGUGCCUACUAUGGCCACGCUUAACAGCGGCGUGAUUGUAACACACACGGUACCCUCGUACGACGAGCAACGCGCAAGUCCCGCUCUUCUCACGAGACACACGGGCACUCCAGGCGGGCGUAGCGUUAGAGACGAUGGUUAUUGUUCGGCCAGCAGCACGCCAAGGGCGUUAGAUCACAAAUCGACAAAGAGCUCUGUGGUUACUCUGUCCUGUUACAAAAAGGAGCCUAAAGUUCAAAUAGAGGAGGAGGGAUAUUUCACGGAGCCGAAGAGGAAUAGGAAAUAUAGUAAAGCAAAUUUGGCACAUAAGCUGGCUGAUGAUGGACGGGAGACUUGGGGCACUGGAGCGGACUUCCUUCUCUCCAUCAUCGGUUUCGCUGUGGAUUUGGCAAAUGUUUGGCGGUUUCCAUACCUUUGUUAUAGGAAUGGAGGUGGUGCAUUUCUCAUCCCCUACACCUUGAUGCUGGUCUUCGGAGCUGUUCCACUCUUCUACAUGGAACUAAUUCUGGGCCAGUACAAUAGACAAGGGCCUAUUACACUGUGGAAAAUAUGUCCUCUUUUUAAAGGAGUCGGGUUUUGUGCUGUGAUGGUGGCGUUCUAUGUUUCGUUUUAUUAUAAUGUUAUUAUAGGCUGGGCACUCUACUUCCUCGUAUCGUCGGCUAGAUCAGAACUACCUUGGCUCCACUGCGACAACUCUUGGAACACGGAGCAGUGCUGGGACGCGGCGAGACAGAACACGACUAACAAGACAGAUGUACCAUAUCACGGGCCUCUAUCGCACUUCACGCCUGCUUCAGAGUUUUUUCACCGUGCAGUACUAGAGAUGCAGAAUUCAGAAGGAUUAAACGAUUUGGGCUUUCCAAAGUGGCAACUCAUGAUUUGCUUAGGAAUUGUGUAUGUAACGCUAUAUCUAUCGCUGUUUAAAGGAGUCAAGAGUUCAGGUAAAGUUGUAUGGUUGACUGCGACUAUGCCAUAUGUUGUACUGUCUAUUUUGCUGGCGAGAGGUCUUCUUCUGCCCGGGGCAACUCGGGGCAUUGCGUACUAUUUGCACCCGGAGUUAUCAAGACUAAAGGACACUCAGGUUUGGGUCGAUGCGGCAGUUCAGAUAUUUUACUCGGUUGGAGCUGGAUUUGGCGUUCAUCUAUCUUACGCCAGUUACAACACUUUUCAUAAUAAUUGUUACAGGGAUUGCUUGGUCACGACAUUGGUGAACUGUUUUACGUCAUUCUUUUCUGGUUUCGUCAUCUUCACGUAUCUGGGCUUCAUGUCUCAUAAGCAAGGAGUUCCUAUCUCAUCUGUGGCUACCGAAGGUCCUGGUCUAGUCUUUCAAGUGUAUCCAGAAGCAGUGGCUACUUUACCCGGCGCAAGUCUUUGGGCGAUGUUGUUCUUCUUCAUGCUAAUAAUGCUAGGAUUGGAUUCGGGGAUGGGCGGCCUAGAGUGUGUGAUCACAGGGCUGUUGGACGCCGCGCGCGCAAGUGGAGCAUCGUGGCUCAGACGCGAACACUUCACUCUGCUGGUUGUCUGUGUGUCCUUUUGCGUCGCCUGCAUCAAUAUUACACCGGGAGGUAUCUACAUGUUCCAUCUUCUGGACACGUACGCAGCGGGGAUAUCUUUGCUUUGCUCAGCGCUCUUUGAAGCUGUAGCUGUCUCUUGGUUCUAUGGGUUGAAAAGGUUUUCGGAUGACGUCGAAGAGAUGCUCGGUUUUCGACCUGGAAUAUAUUGGCGGAUAUGCUGGAAGUUCGUUAGCCCAGUCUUUAUUAUCGGUGUCGUGGUGUUCGGUCUGUUAUACCAGCAGCCUCUUCAAUACCAACACUACACUUAUCCCCAAUGGGCUGUCGUGCUCGGGUGGGGACUGGCCUGCUCAUCCAUCCUGAUGAUACCAAUCGUGGCUCUUUAUAAACUGAUCUCUACUCCUGGGAAUUGUCGACAGAGGUUGGCGUGCUGCAUUUCACCGGAAAAUGAACAUGAAGCCAUAAGGAGCGGUGCACCUGUUUCGCGUUUUACUUGGAGUCAUUGGCUUUAUGUAUAA